AUGGCUACCCAAGAAAAAUUACAAGUUGACCCGUCAACUAAUCUUACCGAAGGUGGCAAUGCUAUGUUCCACAACUAUAUCAAUGAUUUUGCUCACAUUGAUGAUCCUUUGCAAAGAAGAAAAUUAGCUUUACAAGAAAUUGAUAAUCAGAAAUUCGGUUGGCCAGCAGUUAGAACAAUUCUUAUCGCAGGUGUAGGCUUUUUAACUGACUCCUACGAUAUUUUCGCCAUCAAUUUAGGUGUUUCCAUGCUGUCUUACGUCUAUUGGAAUGGUGAUAUGCCAAGUUCAACAGCAACUUUACUUAAAGUUUCUACAAGUGUCGGUACUGUCAUCGGUCAACUUGGCUUCGGUAUCUUGGCUGAUAUUGUCGGUCGUAAGAAAAUUUAUGGGCUAGAAUUAAUUGUAAUGAUUUUCUGCACAGUGUUACAAUGUACUUUGGGACAUUCCCCGGGUAUUAACUUUGUCGCAGUAUUAACUUUUUACAGAGUAGUUAUGGGUAUCGGUAUUGGCGGUGAUUACCCAUUAUCAUCCAUUAUUACCUCCGAGUUCUCCACAACGAAAUGGAGAGGCGCAAUUAUGAGCGCUGUCUUCGCUAACCAAGCAUUUGGUCAAAUCGCCGCAGGCAUAGUUGCUUUGAUUCUAGUUGCCGCCUAUAAACCUGACUUGAUCGAUGCCAAUUCUGGUGCCGAAUGUGGUCCUGCUUGUAUGAAAGCUUGUGAUCAAAUGUGGAGAAUAUUGGUAGGUUUUGGUGCAGUACCUGGUGUUAUCUGUUUAUAUUUCAGAUUAACUAUUCCAGAAUCGCCAAGGUAUACUCUAGACGUCAAUAAAGAUAAUGAUGAGUUGGAAUUCAUUGAAAUGCCAAAUGAAGAAAAAAAUCUCACUCAAACAGCAAACAUAUCCCUUCGUUCUGAUCGUAGUGCUACUACUGCAGUCGCAUUUGAUUUAGCAUCCAUAAAUGAAGCUGCGAUUCCACCUCCAAGGAAAGCAUCUUUCAAAGAUUUCAUUCAUCACUUUAGUAAAUGGAAAUAUGGUAAAGUAUUAUUAGGAACAGCAGGUUCCUGGUUCAUGUUAGACGUUGCUUUUUACGGUCUAAGUUUGAAUACUGCUGUUAUCUUACAAACAAUCGGUUACGCUAGUUCACAAAAUGUCUACAAGAAAUUGUAUAACUCAGCAGUGGGUAACUUAAUUCUUAUAUGUGCUGGUUCACUACCGGGUUAUUGGGCUUCCGUCUUCACCAUUGAUAUAAUAGGAAGAAAACCAAUCCAAUUAAUGGGAUUCAUAAUAUUAACAGCCCUACUAUGCGGGAUCGGCUUUGGUUACAAUAAAUUAUCAGGUAAUGGGUUAUUAGGUCUAUACAUUAUCUGUCAAUUCUUCCAGAAUUUUGGUCCAAAUGUUACCACAUUUGUCGUUCCUGGAGAAUGUUUCCCAACAAGGUAUAGAUCAACAGCUCACGGUAUUUCUGCUGCUUCUGGUAAGAUCGGCGCUAUCAUUGCUCAAACUGCAUUAGGCACUCUGAUAAGUCACAAUUGUGCCAAAAAUGGUAAAGCAGCAAAUUGUUGGUUGCCACACGUCAUGCAAAUUUUUGCGCUCUUUAUGCUAGUAGGAGUUUUCACUACUUUAUUGAUUCCUGAAACAAAGAGAAUGACUUUGGAAGAAAUCAGCGAGAAGUACCAUGAUGAAAUUGAUAUUUCGAAAUACGCUACAACUACAGUAUCUAAUGAAGGAACUUCUGAGCCUUCUCCAAGAUCUGAACUGGUCUAA